UCCCCUUCAUGGCCGCCCACAACUUUAAUCUCUUCUUGCUUCUUGAAGGUCAAUUUGGAGCUGUAGCCGAGCCUGGUAGCAAACCAGAUCAAGACCGAGGUUCAUCGAUGACGGUAGUGGAUUACAUUGACUUGGAUGAUGAUGAGUGUUUUGUGAAAGUAGAUUUUGUUGAUUUGAGCACUGACGAAGAUAGUGUUGAAAAAGAUGGCAAUGUUCCAGAAGAUGACAGUGUUGCUAGGUCUGAAAAUGUGGCUAAAGCUGCAGUAUCAUCGUCAAUUUCAGAAGAAGAUGCUAUUCCUACGAUGCCCUUGUCAAAGUUAGAACAGGAGCAUGCUGCUACAGCAUCCUUGUCAAUUGUAGGACAUGGUGCUGCCACAUCCUCAGUAAUGGAAGAAAAGGUUAUGCAGCCUGAACAUCAGAAGUUUCUCACGACAAGCGAUGCUGCAAAAGAGGCCACACGUUCUGAAAAUCAUGGGCUUAUUGCAGCAGGUCAUUUGGUGGGCGAAGUUAUGCAGUCUGAACAUGAACAAGUUGCUGCCACUUCCAUGUUGUCAAAACAAGGUGCUAUCACAUCGUCAUUAAAGGAAGACAGUUUCAUGCAGUUUGGCAAUCAGGUGUUUGUUGUGGCGCUUGAUCACACGAAAGAGGCCACACAAUCUGAAAGUACAGUGAAGGCUGCUGGGUCGCCGUCGAUGACAGAAAGAGGUACUACCUGCAAAGUUCACCGUGUGGGACAACUAUAUCAGAUGAUUGGAUGCCCUUACAUCAUAGGAGAUGGCUUAGAUUCAUACACUUCCCAUGGUGGAGGCCACCCACAAGGUGAACCUGGUUCCAGCACACUACUGUGCACCAAAUCAGAAGUAUCAAUCAGGGUGAGAGGAGUUGCUGGGAAUUCUAUGGGCAGCACAGGAAUCAACAAUAUCCAUGCCCAGGAAAAACCAGAUGAGAACUUUGUGGUGUCCACCUACCAAGGAUGCAGGACAUCCCAAGGAAAUACAGUGCAUGACAAGGUCCACAAGAAUGAUUCACAGGGCUGCAUGGUUGAAGGCUGUACAAAUGGUGCACAUGGAAGCACACCUCUAUGCGUUUUCCAUAAUUCAAGGCCGCACAAAAGGUGCUGUGCAGUUGUUGGGUGCACGAAGGCAGCAUCUUCAUGUAGAAGCAGUGUAGGCCGCACAGACCGUUGUAUUAAGCACGGAGGUGGCAAGAGGUGUAAAUAUGAUGGUUGUGGGAAAGGUGCUCAAGGAAAUACAGAUUACUGUAUUACGCAUGGCGGGGGAAGGCGAUGCAAGUCUCAAGGAUGCAGGAAGAGUGCGCAAGGGCGAAGUGAUUAUUGUGUCGAACAUGGCGGCGGCAGACGCUGCAAGUAUGAAGGA